AUAUAAAGGAGCGCGCGCUCAGCCAUAGCAUCAGUGUUCAGCGAUCGGUCGCCACCUGCACACAUGGAUCUGAAAGUGGCUCUCUGCCUCCUCGUGGUGGCCAUUGUGGCCACCACCUCUGCUGCUCCUGGUGGCUUUGGCGGCUUUGGUGGCGGCUUUGGAGGAGUUGGCUUUGGACACGGACACGGUGGAUACGGACAUGACCACGGCCAUGGACAUGGACAUUUUCACAAGCAUGGACAUGACCACCAUCACAAGCAUGGACAUGAUCACCACCACAAGCAUGGCCACAAGCACGGCCAUGAUCAUCACCACAAACACAGCCACCACCACAAACACGACCAUCACCACACCCACAAACACUCCCACCACCAUCACCAUGACCACCACCACAAGCAUGGCCACGAUCACCACCACAAACACGGCCACAGCCACCACCACAAGCACGGCCACGACCACAAGCACGGACACUCACACCACCACGGACAUGACCACAAGCACGGGCACGGCCACGGCCACGGGCACGGUUUCGGUUUUGGAGGCUACCACUGAAUGACCGUUAAGAUGACGAACACGAAGCUGAACUCGAAUCGACCUCACGAAGAGUUUCUGCGAAAGCUCAACGACGACGAUUUUUUCGGCGCAUCUCAUGCUCAAUUUUUACUUCUAAUUUUUAUUCUCUGUUGCUAGCGCAACAAACUGAUGUUAAUACAACUUUAAAAUGAU